GGAGAAAGUCAGACUCCACAGCACACUGUUCAUCUUCAUCACUGCUCACUGCCGCCUUUUUGCACUCUCCCCCUCCCCCCCCCUUCCUCCUCCCCCUCCCCCUCCCCUCUGCCAACUUGGAACAUCACCUCAUUGAAGCGCACUGGCCACCAGUGGGCGCUUUCCAGUCCACUAUUGCACCUGCCAGCUGUCUAUAAUGAGAAAUUGGGCCACGACGGCUCGUUUAUCACAUCGCAGAAAAUGGCAAGCCCCCCGAACGCGUCUGCCGCCCACCGAGCAGACCAAGUCGACUCUCCUCUCGCCCUACGACACAUACCAAUCACCUUCGAUACCACGGAUCCCGAGAAGAGCGCCCUGCAACUCGUGCAAGAAUAUGACCGUUCGUGGGAGAGCGAGGAAGGACCAGUGCACUUCAUCCGCUUCACCGACGGCAUUACAAACACAUUGAUGAAAGCAAUCAAAAGGCGACCGGGCUUAACAGAACUCCAAAUAGACCAAAAUGCCAUUUUGAUACGAGCCUAUGGCAAGGGCACAGACGUGUUGAUAGACCGUGAAAGAGAGCUGCGAGCACACAAUCUUCUGGCAAAUCUUGGUCUUGCGCCUCCUCUGCUCGCGAGAUUUGACAAUGGUUUGAUGUACAAGUUCAUCCCUGGACAUGUGUGCUCGCAUACCGACCUUGCGAAGCCUGAGAUAUACCGCCAAGUCGCCUGGAGGCUAGGCCAAUGGCACAGCCUUCCCAUAUCUGCCAUAGCGACAACACCCAUCCUUGACAGCGAGCCGGAGACCCAAAAGCUCCUGGCUCCGAAAAACGGCAAUAACACUCGGCCGCACCCAAAUACGUGGAGUGUCAUGCGAAUGUGGUUACAAGCUCUGCCGCAAAACACUGACGAAGAGCGUGAGCGACUGAAUAUGCUAGGGACUGAGCUCGAUUGGCUGGAGUCUAAGCUCGGCAACACGAAAGGCUUCGACGGCAAGGACUUCGUCUUUGCCCACCAUGACUUGCUCUGCGGCAAUGUGAUUGUCGACAUCCAUUCAGAAGAGGAAGAGAAGCCUGUUCAGUUCAUCGACUACGAGUACGCUACUCCUGGACCUGCAGCCUUCGACAUUGCAAAUCACUUUGCUGAAUGGGCUGGGUACGACUGCGAGCACGAAGCCGUGCCAACGAAGUCACAACGCAAAGAAUUCCUGAAACACUAUGUCGCAUCCUACCGUUACCACUCAAUAUCCGACGAAGACACUUUGACGCUUGACAUCGAUUUCCAGAAAGACCUCGACACGCUCAAUGUACAGGUCGAUCUGUGGCGUGGAGUCCCUGGCUUCUAUUGGGGAAUUUGGGCACUCAUCCAAGCCACGAUCAGUCAAAUCGACUUCGACUACGUCAAGUAUGCAGAAGGAAGAUUAAAGGAGUAUUGGUCUUGGAAAGAGGAAGUGACAGGCACUCGCAAGAAGGAGGGCCGUGAUAUGUACGUGCGAGAAAAGAAAUGGCAGUCUGAGUGAGCUCAGAGCGAGUCAUGAACAGGUCAUUCAACCACCUGAAGUCACAACAGCUUUCGACACGAUGGGCUGGACCAAGCAGGCACAAUAGAAGACAGCAUGGAAGGGGUGUACGAUGCGAGCUGACUCCAAAAGCACGGCACACAGAACGGAAGUUGAAAUUGUCCGAUUUGCUCCGCUCGUCUUCAACAAACACCAUACCCGCCGCCGAAUGUGCCGCACCGAGCUUCUUGUUAAUAGUUAAAAAUUCUAAUACGCUUUCUUGCC